CUUUUUCCUUUCAAAGGGGCCACUUAUUUAUAUUGAGGAAGACACUGAAGUGAGUUUCUCCAUAAAUGUUGAUGUGUGUAUUAGUUGUAGUUUAAAUGAAAGUUCAACUAAUUCAGUUAUUGUAAACCAACAAACAUAGUAGUAGAUAGUUACAGAGAAGAAAUCGUUGAAAAUUUCUAUGGCAAUGGCUAGUGAUUCUCCGCCAUGGAAAUUUCACGUGUUUUUGAGUUUCAGAGGAGAAGAAACUCGCAACAAAUUCACCGAUCACCUCUACGCAGCGUUUAAAGCAAGCGGCUUAACAGUUUUCAAAGACGACACAGAACUUCAGAGAGGUGAAGUUAUUGCGCCCGAGCUCCUCAAUGCGAUCGAGCAGUCGCUCUCCUCCGUGGUGAUUCUCUCUCCCGAUUAUGCCUCUUCGCGGUGGUGCUUGGAUGAGCUGGUUACCAUUCUCCGAUCUCGAAUUCAGUUUGGUCAAAACGUCUUCCCUGUGUUCUACGACGUGGAUCCCACCGAUGUGAGGCACCAGCGAGGGUCUUACGCAGAGGCUUUUGCUAAGCAUGGAGAAAGGUUUGGAGAUGACAGUGAAAAAGUUGGGAAGUGGAGGGAGGCUUUGACUCAGGUCGCUGAGUUGUCUGGCUGGAGCUCCAAGGGUCGACGUGAAACAGAACUCAUUGAAGAAAUUGUUGCCGAAGUAUGGAAAAGGUUACAACCUAAAUUGCCACAGUAUGAUAAUGAAUUGGUUGGAAUUGAUUCGAGGAUAAACACCGUGUGUUCACUUUUAAGGACAGAGUCUCAGGAAAUUCGCUUUGCGGGGAUAUGGGGCAUGGGUGGCAUAGGAAAGACAACUCUAGCCAAACUUGUAUUUAAGAAAAUCCAGAACCAAUUUGAUUUCAGUUGCUUUCUUGAGAAUGUUAGAGAGGUUUCUAGCGAAAGAGAUGGACUGCUUUGCUUACAAAGAAAAUUGCUUUCACAUCUAAAAAUAAGCAGCAUGAGAAUUGAAAGUUUGGACCAAGGAAAGGAGACAAUACGGAAUCUUUUAUUCAAUAAAAGAGUUCUGCUUGUCCUUGAUGACCUAAGUUCCGAUAUCCAGCUAGAGAAUUUAGCUGGAAAGCAAGAAUGGUUUGGUCCUAGAAGCAGGGUAAUAAUAACAACUAGAGACAAGCAUCUCCUAGUAUCACUAGGCGUGUGUGAAACUUAUGAUGCUCAAAUCUUAAACAGUGAUGAAUCCCUUCAACUUUUUUGUCAGAAAGCUUUUAGAAGAGAAAAACCUGAAGAAGCUUUCAUAGAGUUCUCAAAACGGGUGGUUCAAUAUGCUGGAGGUAUUCCCUUGGCACUCAAAGUGUUGGGUUCAUUCCUUUGUGGACGAAAGGCAUCUGUAUGGGAAGAUGCUUUGAAAAUGUUGCAGCAGGAUCUGCAAAAUGAUGUUUACAAGACCUUAAAAAUAAGUUACGAUGGAUUGCGAGAUACAGAAAAGGCGAUAUUCUUAGAUAUUGCUUGUUUUUUCAAAGGGAGUCUCAAGGAUCAUGUAACACAAAUAUUGGAAAAUUGUGGUCAUAAUCCAUUGAUUGGUAUAGAUGUUCUUAUUGAAAAAUCAUUGAUAACUGAUGAUGGGUGGCAUUUGGGGAUGCACGAUUUGCUUCAAGAAAUGGGUAGAAAUAUUGUUCUACAUGAAUCACUUAAUGAUGCCAGCAAGCGGAGUAGGUUGUGGUCUCUCAAGGACAUUGAUCAAGUAUUGAGAAAUAAUAAGGGAACUGAAUCCACUCAAGCUGUAGUACUAAAUCUGCCUGAAGCAUUCCAAGCAAGUUGGAACCCUGAAGCUUUUGCAAAGAUGUGUAAUCUUAGAUUGCUCAUGAUACUAAAUAAAUUGCAACUUCCACUUGGUCUUGAAUGUCUUCCCAGCGGGUUAAAAGUGCUUGUGUGGAGAGAAUAUCCUCUCGAGUCAUUGCCAGUUGGAGACCAAUCAGAUGAACUUGUUGACAUUGAUAUGUGUCAUAGCAAAAUAAAGCACCUUUGGAGAGGAAUGAAGCUUCUGGGAAAUUUGAAGACCAUCAAUUUGAGAAAUUCCAAAUAUCUACAUCAAACUCCAGAUUUCACUGGAAUUCCAAAUCUUGAAAUUUUGGAUCUUGAAGGCUGCAUAAACCUGGUUGAGGUUCAUGCUUCUCUUGGACUUCUUAAAAAGCUUUCAUAUGUGACAUUAGAAGAUUGCAAAAAUCUUAAAAGCCUUCCUGGAAAAUUGGAAAUGAAUUCUUUGAAGCGUCUCAUUCUAUCAGGCUGCACAGCAGUUAGAAAGCUUCCUGAUUUCGGGGAAAGUAUGACAAAUCUAUCCACACUUGCUUUAGAUGAGAUUUCCAUAGCUGAACUACCUCCAACUAUUGGUUACUUGACAGGUCUUAAUAGCUUGGUUUUACGGGAUUGUAAAAAUAUUAUUUCCCUUCCAAAUACCUUUUCUAAUUUGAAAUCUCUCAAAAGGCUCAAUCUAUCUGGUUGCUCAAAAUUUUCCAAGCUUCCUGAUAAUUUGCAUGAAAAUGAGGCUUUGGAGUGUCUUAAUGUGAGUGACACUGCUAUAAGAGAAGUUCCUUCAUCCAUUGUUCAUUUGAAAAAUCUUAUUGUACUUUUAUUUCAUGGAUGCAAAGGAAUAGCAUGGAGCUCAGAGAGCUCACGCCUCCCUUUGGGUAAGAUUUUCAGAUUUGGUACUCAUACAAUUCCCAAGAAAUUGAUCUUACCUUCUUUUUCUGGUUUAUCCUCAUUGAAGAAACUAGAUUUAAGCUAUUGCAAUCUCUAUGAUGAAUCAAUUCCUGAUGAUCUUGGCUGUUUAUCAUCAUUGGUAACAUUAGAUUUAAGUGGGAACAAUUUUGUGAACCUUCGUGAUGGCUGCAUAUCUAAACUUUCAAAGCUAGAAAGACUUGUGUUGAAGAGUUGCCAAAACCUGCAAUCAUUGCCUAAGCUACCACCAAAUGUACAUUUUGUAAAUGCAAGUGAUUGUGGUUCAAUGGAACCCUUAUCAAAUCCACCAGAGAUAUGGGGUCACUUGGCAUCAUUUGCCUUUGAUAAGUUGCAAGAUGCAAGUCCGAUUAAAACUUUAUUGGUAAGUCCUGGAAACGAAAUUCCAUCAACUUUUUUCUAUCAAAAUUAUUUUGAUCGGGACAUACAAUAUUUAAAAGAUAACUACAUAUGGGCUGAUUCUACUGUGUCAAUAUCAAUGGAUAUAGCUCAACUUCGUCAACGGUAUGACAGAAGUGAAUGGUGGGGAAUGUUAGUCUGUCUUGUCGUAGAAGAUGUGGCUUCUUCUACACUUUCCCAGGACUAUCGUGUCGGUUGGAUUUCAAAGUUCCCUGCUACAAAUAGUAUUUUGAGUCAGCUAUGUCAAAAGUUGUUGGAGCAUGGUUUCAUUUCUGGAGUACCAAAUUCCAAGCAUCCUCACCUAUUGGUUUUGUAUAUUCCUGUUCCUUCAUCCCGUUGGUCUUAUGUUCAAGACAAGUUUCAGUUAAUAUUUUUCAGUUCUAGUCUUAAAAGUAAGUUAGUUAUAAAGAAGUGCGGGUGGCGUGUAUUAUGUAAGGAAGAUGCACAACUCAUGCGCAAAAAUCUGCCUGAAUGCAGCACUUCUACUGCCAACCAAUGUGCCUCACGAAGCAAUUGCUUAUCUUCUUCUCCUUUAACAUCUUGGAGAUGGAUAAGCCGUCUCAAAGUUCCCCAAUGUUUCAAGACUUUCCUGUUAGCAGUCCUAUGUGAACGCUUGCCUACUAUUGCAAAGUGCAGGUUCUGUAGCAUGGAAGGGACUACUACUAUCCAUGUUUUAAGAGACUGUAGGCGAGCUUGUGCAAUUUGGAUUCAAAUGGUUCCUCCUCAAGUGCAUGAUGAAUUUUUUUCAAUUUCUCUUCAUGAUUGGAUGCAUAGGUUCCUUCGUAAGUCCUGGUUGCCAAAUAACCCUGAAGACUAUGAUGCUGACUGCUUGAGGUUUUCUGUCACCACUUUUCUGCUCUGGAAGGAUGGAAAUAAUUCCAUCCACAAGGGAGAUUCUCUUACAGAUAAUGGUUUGUAUUCUAUGAUCAAGUCUCUAGUACAAGAACACACCUCACCUACCAGGCAUUUUGUUAAGUUGAACGUGGACGGUUGUUGCAUGGAAAAUCCUAGAAAUGCUGGUUAUGGGGGUCUCUUUCGUGAUGUGGAGGGGAAUUGGCUUGGUGGGUUCUAUGGCUCUCUGGGCUAUACAACUAAUAUGAAAGCUGAGCUUUAUGCCAUUUGUCAAGGUUUGAUCACAGCUUGGGAUUUGGGUUACAAAAAUAUAUUAGUUGAAACUGAUUCUUUGGAAGCUAUCAAUCACAUUGAAGAGGCCAAUAUUGAGCAUGAUGCCUAUGGAAGCUUGGUGGCUGACAUACGCUCCCUCAUGCAAAGAAAUUGGUCGCUGAAUUUGGUCCAUUCUCUCAGGGAAGAUAAUGCUUGUGCAGAUAUUUUAUCGAGACUUGGAGCUGAACAGCAUGAGGUCUAUUGCUUCCAUGCUUAUCCACCACAACAGCUUCAGCGGGCAUUGAUGGCCGAUGCCCUCCGUGUUCAACUUCCUUGCAUGUAGUUUUUUGUUAUUUCAUUUUCCUUUUCUUUUUGCUUCACAAAAAAUGUUUCAAGGAUGGUGAUUUUUUAUUUGGAGAAAACAAAGGUUCUGCACCAUAAUCGAUUUUACUGGUAAAUUUAAGGGAGAAAAUACAAACUGGCAAGCUGAGAAAGCUCUGAUGCAAUAAUGCUUAUAGCAUUAUAUAUUUCUCCCUACUUUAUUUAUAUCAGAAUAUGUAAAUUAGUGGAUCCCGUUGAGGUUGCGAAAGCCGCUCAGAAUUUUGUCCAAGAAUUCAACCAAGCUACUAUCUGUCCCAGUGCAGGAACAACCUUUCAAACAUGCACAAUCAUCAAGUGACAACUUUGAUAGUGGCUGCCAUAAUGUAAUGUUGUUGAAGGAUGUUUUCUUGAUGCAAACAUAGGGUGAGGUAUCAUUGUCAAGCACCAACUUUCAGCAUGGAGUAAAUUAUAAUGCGGAAGAGAGCAACUCACAGUCUCCUCUCUCUACAAUGUGCUAAAAUAUUCAAUCUAAAAAGAAGAAAAGAAUCUUAGAUAGUUAAGGAUGUAUCUUGGAUAGAGGGUUUUGGAGGCCUAUCUCUAUGUUUUGAUAUAUAUUUGAGCUUCUAAAAACGUUUGAAUCGAAAGAAGGGAAUUUUUUAUCCUA